UAAAGAUAUUUUUUUAAAUCAAUCGCAAAUUUACUAAUCUAUAAUGAUUCAUGAACUUAAGUUUAAAAGAGGCAAAUUUAAUUAGUAAACCAUGGAUUUUCAUUGACUUUUUUUCUUAUUUUAGAAAAACCAAGAUAUGGUAUAGAAAAUCAUGCACGCUAUGUCCACAACUCUGAUGUGUGUCCAGGUGGUCGGUGUCACAACAGUGAGCCUGGCGUACACCAAGGUUUAAUUCUCCAGGAUAAUGAUACUUCUCACAUCUUGUUCAAUGAGACGGAGUAUUUGGAAAGAAUGAGUAUACCAACUACUUGGAUGGGGGUCCCUGAGCUCAAAUUAUUUGCUGACUUACUGGGAAGAAUAAUAGUAGUUCUAUCUCCUUUACAGGGGGAGAAACUGAGCUCUGGGGUAUAUCAUGAUGUGUAUCUACCCAUAGAAUAUUCAGGUCAUCAGCCUCCACUGUUUAUAAAAUCGACACCUAAUCAUUUCCAGGCAUUGCAGCUUCAGCUUGUUAAAUGUUUGGGUCUUUGUGUGCAUCUGAGUGGAGUUCGUAAGACAAAGAGGAGAGAGUCUUUUGGGCGUCAGCUACGCAGAAAAACAAAGGAUUUUGUGAAAUCACCACAUCCACCAGCAUCAUCUGAUCUUUUGAAAUCAGCAGUACCACUGCAAUCAAUGUCACCAUUUCCAACAUCACCACCUUCCCCACCACAAUCAGCACCCACAUCAUCAGCAACAUCAACAUCACCAUCAACAUCAUCAUCACCAUCUCCAUCACCCUCACCACCAGCUGCAUUUUCACAAAAGAAUUAUCGUCAAAACUAUCGACAGUUAAAGAGAAGUGCAAGAUAUCAUAGGCUGGGGGAAAUGUUAUUUACAUUAAAAGUUCUGGCAGCUGGCAACUGUGAUGAUGAGGUAGCUCUCCUAGAAGACUUUAUCAGUUAUGCAAGAGAUAAAUUUAACACCACAGAAGAACGUGUAAAGCGAUUAAGCCCUUCUCAAACCAUAAGCCUCCUGAGAGAAGCUCACAUCACUGAGACGAGUUUGAGGAAAGUCAAAUCAGCACUCAUCAAAAUUAAUGCAGACAUUCUACCAUCUUUUACUUCAUUGCAUGAGCUUAUGAAACAACUGAUGAGCCAAUAUGAGAAGGGUUUCAUCUCACUCUUCAAGGAUACACAAUGCAAUGAGACACAGAAGAAACCGUUUGCAAGAAUUGUUGAUAUUUAUGGACAUGUCAUGGAUCAACUUUCUGCCUUUGAUGAAAGUGAAAAAGUUCUCCUUGAUGGCAAGCAAGUUGUUGUCCUUGGUGGGGAUAAAGGUGGAUCGAUAACUUUGAAAGUAAACUGCAUGAAACUUCACACCAGGAAUGCCAGUUUUGUAAUAUUGUAUGUGAAAAGGACAACUCAUUCAGUUAAUGUGAUUUAACAAAAUGUUUGCCAA